AUGUCGAGCAGACAGCUGCGCAAGCUGCAGAAGCAGCGCGAACUCGCCGGCAACACAGAUGCGGCUCCUUCAGCUGAGGCUUCCAGUUCAGAGGACGAAAGUCCUGGCCCAGCCCCGGCUGCGAAACCGCGGGUCAGCCUGUUUGCUGCCCUUGGCGGCGAUGGAGACGACAACGGGGACGACGACGACGAUGACGAACCGGAGGAGCCACAGCCCGACAGUAAACCUUCCGAGCAGCAAGCGUCACAGCCUGCGAUAAAGGCGGGCAAGAAGAAAAAGAAGAAGAAGAAGGCAAAUGCCAGGUCUCAAGUAGAAACUGCAGCCGCGAAGGACGACGAGGACGAGAUCGACAAGGCCAUUCAAGAACUCAAGCUUGCCGCGCCACGGGCGGACGCCUCUACGGGGCAAGCCCACGAACCGCAGCAACGAAUCAACGAGCUUCUCAGCAUCAACACGCACCAUCUCAGAGCAAUCAACGAGAUGCGCCAGCUCUUUGGGCGGGAGGUCAUCGAGUCUGCGGCCGCUGAGGAGCAGCGCGAGGCGAGCAACACGCGUCAGCGUCGUGGGCGUCAGCAAAAUGUCGACUUGGAGACCUUCCUUCGGGGUCCGCCCGGCAUGAAAAAGCUGCCCGAGGUGUCGCUGCGGAGGAAUGUCUUUAUCCAGGGAAGAGAACACUGGCCCCGAGCGACAGCGGGUGGCUUGACGAUGGAAGUCCUUGAAAAGAGGGCGGACGGGACUACCGAGUAUGCCUACGUGCACGACAAUCGCUACGAUGCUGUUCAGACAUUCUUCUUCAGCUGUGUCCAGAUGGGUGAUCCGAUGCGCAUCGUGCAUCUCCUGGCCCAAGUUCUCAGCGCCGUAGCCAAACAGGAUCAGAACAUGGCGCUAUCGGCAGAGCUUUGUGAGAGGGCAUUGUUCACGUUUGGGCGCGUUGCCACCACCGCUUUUCGGCAGGAUCUGGAGCGCGGCAAGGCACGACUAGACUUUAGGCGACCAGAGAAUCGUCAGCUAUGGCUGGCGGGCUAUCACUACCUGCGGAGCUUGAUCAGAAAGGGCACGUACCGCACCGCCCUCGAGUGGGCGAAGCUGCUGCUCUCCUUUGACCACAAGGACCCGUACGCGAUGCGACACUUUCUGCAUUUCCUGGCGAUCCGUGCCUACGAGGGUCAGUGGUUUGUGGACUUUAUCGACGAGCUGGAGAAGACGAGCGACAACCGAGACACGGUCUACCUCCGGCAGAGUCUCGUGCUGGCCAGGCUGCAGAUGAAGGACACGGAGGGCGCAAAGGCGGAGCUCCGCGCCGGGAUCCAACGUCUGCCUUGGCUGUACUGCGCUCUAUACCAGGAACUGAACCUGGACGCGCCGCCCUCUAUCUGGGGCGUCUCGGCGGACACGGAUGCGCGGUCGUUCUGGACAAAGCUGUACGUCUACCAGACGAAGGAUCUCUGGAACAACACGGCCACUCUUUCGCUGCUCCAGCAGGUGGCAAAGAGUCUGGACAAGGUCGACACGGCACAGCUCCCCGCCAACGACGCGCCCCCGGACCUGGGGGCCACCAGGCUGGCGUAUCUCGAAGGACAGACGUCGAUCAUAGCAGCAGCGCCCCGCGAGUACCUGGACAUGCAGCCCAACUACGAAUUCGACCCGCUGCCGCCGCCCGAGGAGGAUAACAUCUUCACGGGCGACGGGUGCCGGAUGCCGUGGAGGGAUAGGAACUCCAGCACGCGCGCCAUGGACAACCAGAUGGAAGCACAGCUCCGUGCUCUGAUAGAACGGCAGCAGGCGCGGCUACAAGCUGGGCGGGCUAACAACAACGGUCAAGGCGGCGGUGAAGGCCUCGCCGGCAUCCCUCCGGACGACGAGGAGAAUGCUGAGCUGGACAUGCUCGACAUGGACGACCCGGAGCUGCGGCAGGACCUGGAGGAGCACGCGCGGCGCGCCAACGCCCCUGGGAUCGUGCAGACGCUGAUGAGGAUGCUGCGAGGGGAUGGUGCGCCUGAGGAGGAGUAUGCGCACGAGGAGGAGCAUGAGCAGGCGGAGUACGCCUAUCAUGAUGAUUCCGACGAUGGGGACGAAACGCCAGGGGAGGGUCCUCCCGGAGCAUGGCCGUCGUAA